UCUCAUCAUCUCUUCAUCCACCAAUGAAAAAGUUCAGUCUUUUUUUUUGUUUCCACAGUCUGUUCACUCCCCCCAGAUUAUCAAGCCGAGAUUCGAGAAGGGUUUCUUUAACGUCUUGAAACCUUCUCGAUCGUAAAUCGACGAACUGAAAUGGUUUCGGUUUCGGGUCAAUCCCGGAUUACGACGAUGAACCUCUCACUCUCCUCGGCUGAGAAGAGCUCUAAUUAUCGCUCCUCGCUCCUCAAUUCUAAGAACGCAGUUUCAGAUAGUUACGGGGUCUCAUCCAAAAGCAGCACAUUCCUCAGGGGCCAAUUCCAAAGAAUACAACUUUCUUAUGCUCGCCAAACUCGACAACCUUUGCCAAAACGUGCAGUAUAUAUAGGUCACAUUGUGUCUCCGAGCUGCGUGAUGCCGUUGACGGAGGAGAACGUGGAGAGAGUGCUCGACGAGGUACGCCCGGCCCUAAUGGCGGACGGAGGAAACGUGGCGCUGCACGAGAUAGACGGACUCGUGGUGGUUCUUAAGCUGCAAGGAGCUUGCGGUUCGUGUCCUAGCUCCUCGAUGACGUUAAAGAUGGGAAUCGAGAGCCGUCUCCGCGACAAGAUUCCGGAGAUCAUGUCCGUCGAGCAGUUUCUCGAAGCAGAGACUGGAGGGUUGGAUCUGAACGAGGAAAACAUCGAAAAGGUUCUCUCUGAGCUACGGCCUUACCUAUCAGGGACAGGAGGUGGAGGGCUUGAGCUGGUUCAGAUCGAUGGUUAUAUAGUUAAGAUUCGGCUCACUGGACCAGCUGCUGGAGUCAUGACGGUUCGUGUCGCGUUGACUCAGAAACUGAGAGAAAACAUUCCUUCAAUAGGUGCAGUCCAGCUUCUAGAGUGACACUCAUUGACCUUUUUUGUAUUUAACUUGUAUUAUACAUCUCCUACAAGGGCUUAUUUUCGAUUCACAAUAUACAUUUUCAAAACUAA